GCGGGGUGGGAAGGGCACGUUGCUCUGCCACCGCACUGCGAUUUCGCCUCUUCGUCCUCCUCUCGAAAAGGCAGACAAGGCUUCCAAAUCCUAAAUUGCAUUUUGUCUAACCCCUCCCCUAUUCCGGCUGCUUGCUCAUGCAGCCACCCACGGAUCCGAAACAAAAAUGUGUGAAGCGAGGCAGGGAGUGCUGUUGCCAGUGCAGAUUCCGUCUCCUCUCCAGGCGCCCGGGCGCCCGCCGUGCCCUGACACCGUCUCGCUCCCGGACACGGCGGAGCUUUGGCUUAUCAUAAACACGUAAGCGUUUCUCUCCCGCUCCUUCUCAUCACCCCGCACUCCAAGAAGAAGCAAGGAGAGGUCCGGGGCUGCGGCUGAGCGUGUCUUUGUGCCCCUGCUCGCUGUGCGGGCUGACAGAGGCGGCAUUGUUCGCAGGCUGUGCCCGCCUGGCAGCCGCAGAAGGUGGGAUCUGCGCCCUGCAUACGGAAUCGGUGAGCGGCCGGGGACACGGCUGAGAAACUCCCAGAGCUGCAUUAACCCCCGGGGCGAGUUUGAAACAGCUUCUCCUGAUAUCUUCUGCACAGUGCAAAGAGGGUCUAGGAUGAGGAGUCCUUGUUAAUCAAAGCCCAGAAGCUUUUGCUUCUUUACUGGGAGAGCCUGUAUGAAUACCUGUGUGGGUGAUGUUAUAAGGCUCUGCCAAGAUAACCAGAGAGGCACACAGCUUGGGAGUGGUCAUUGCUGAAGAGUGGUGGCUUUUGGGUGUCAGUGCUCAAGACUACCAGUCAGAUGUAUGUGCUUUGCCAAGAAACAGAAGGUGCAUGCAGCACAGGAUGUCAGUCUUCUUCAAGGAGUAACCUCUUCAACCCCAAGUGAUACCAGCUCCUGCUAGUACCAUGGGGCUAGAGGGUGUUUUUUUGGGCAGUGGACAGAUCCACGUGAUCCUGUGGGGAAGUUUGGCAGCCAUGACGACACUCUUGUUCCUCACCUUCCUCAUCUUCCUUUGCUCCAGCUGCAAUGGGGAAAAGAAGGCAAAAAAUCAGAAUGGAGAUCAUGAAAACCUGAUGAAUGUGCCUUCCGAGAAGGAGGUUUUCAGCCAUUCCAUCACAAGUUCAGCUACAGAGCCUCCCCCAAACAGUGAACAGAACGGAGCACUCAGCAACGGUGAUGUUCUUUCUGAGGACAGCACAGCUGCCUGUAUCCAGCCUUAUGAAGAAGUACAGACAUCUGAUCUACUAGAUCAACAGGAUAGUCUUGGAAAGUCUAUAAAAUGUCACCAGAGCCGGGAACUACCCAGUAUUCCCCCUAACAACCCCAUGGAAACUAUCAUCUCAUCUAGAAAUGCAGAAAAUGAUCAAGGUCUUGGAAUGGAAGGGCCUUAUGAAGUCUUGAAAGACAGCUCCUCUCAGGAGAACAUAGUUGAAGACUGCUUGUAUGAAACAGUGAAGGAAAUUAAAGAUGUUGGAGCAGUAGUCAGCAUGGAAGGGAACUCUAACAGCAAAUCAAAGGUUUCACUGACAGUUUCUGAAGGUCAAAAUCAGAUUCCUGAGUGCAGAAUUGAGUCAGCAGAAUAUGCAUCUGUUGACCGAAAUAAGAAGAGUCGCCAAAGUGCAAAUUCAGAAAGUCCUCUUGACAACAUACCAGAUGUAGAAGAUGAGCUUCCCCCUCCAGUACCCAUGAAACUUCUUGAUGAAAAUGAGAAUGUGCAAGAAAAAGAUGUGGAAGAAGAAGUGACAGAAGGAGCAAGUAAACCAGAAAAGAGGCUUAGUUCAGUGUCUUACAAGUCUCGAGAGGAAGAUCCAUCUCUUACAGAAGAUGAGAUCUCAGCCAUGUACUCAUCGGUGAGUAAGCCGGGACAGGCCAUCAAGGCACUGGAUUCUCCUUACACCUGCAUUCAAGAAAUCACAUCUCAGAGGUCACCGUCUAUUUGCAGCGGCCUCUAUGCAAGUGUGAAAGACUUUGAAAACACCCUAAAUUCUACCACUGUGCCUCAGUCAGCAGACAGACCAAAUGGGGAGCUGGAGCCGGACUAUGAAGCUAUCCAGUCAGUGAGCCAAGAAGAAGACAGGACCUUGUCUGUGCCUAACACAAACCACACUGCUCUUUCAGGAGAGAAUGACUAUGAGAGCAUAGGGGACUUGCAGCACCACAGGGAAUUCACCAGACUUUAACUACUCCAGCAGCAGAUUUCCCCACUGUUACUUUCAAAGGACAAGUGAAACAUGGAGAGGGAAGUGCUUUUCCUUUUGAGGAACAAAGCUAAGUAUGGAACACAAGUUGUGAAGAAGCAAUGUAUAUUUCAGCCAGGGUGUGAUAGCUGCUGGUUUUUCUGAGUGGUGGUUCAAGGCUCAUGGGAAAGGGCACAUCAGGUCAGAAAGAUGACCAGGACAAUGUAAAGGUUUCUUUAUUAUUAUUUGCUCCAAGGCAAACGUAAUUUGGGGAGUACCAUGCUUGUCGUCCUGAAAGGAUUAUGUACCAAAAAGACUACCUUUACACAAAACUAGCUUCUCAUUUUAAGAGAUUAUUUUAUGUCAUUUUCUUCAAAGUGUUUUUCAAGCAUAAUUUUUCAUUCAAGUUUCAGCAUCCACAAUGUUGAGCAAACCACGGAUAAUUGUACCUCAACUCAGACUUUCUUUGCAGGGCUGGGGAAGAUGCACUCACUUCUGAGUCUUUUGGGGAGCUCUGUCCACUUUCACUGCAACUAAAGUGCAAACAACAGUAGUUCACAAGGGACCGACUUCCAAAUGUACUUGAAUUAAUUCUGCUGGCUUUUUCUUUUCUAUCUUUUUUUUUUUAAUGUCAAGGGCUGUAGAAUGUGACUUGCAGUAUUUGAGAUGUGUACUGGUAUUUGUAGGGAUUUUGUUUGAUUAUUUGUGAAAUAUCCUUUUAAAAUGGCAGUGGUCACCCUUAGCAUUCUUGCACUGUUUCCCUCAAAUGGACACAAACACCUACACAUACACACCACAGACCAUUGUCGUGUUGCAAAAAGCUGUGCAAAUCAAUGCAUUGGCAUAAUGUGUAGUCUAACCUUAGUAGUGUUGAGUAAUUUUUUUGCAGAAUUUUGCCCUUUUUAAAGACUUAAAUAUUUUAAUAUGUUUGUCUAGUUUCUUAUAUAGGAAAAAUUAUGGGUUGAGUGUAUAUUAUUUUUAUUUUUUACAACAUAUUUUUCAUCUUCAGAGUUUUUGUAGAUUAACUUACUGGUGUUUGUAACAGGAGGAAUCCCAUUCUUUAUUUGGGCUUUAUUUGGUUUUGUUUUUAAAUUUUUUUUCAUAUUUCAAAAGUAGAUAAAUGAAAAUUGCUUUGGGGUUGUUUUGUUGGCUUUUUCUGUCUCCUUGAGCAGGGAUAUGGAACAUGCCUUGCAGUUUUUAAGCUAAAAUCAUAGAGUCUGUGUAAAAGAACACUGCCAAAGGGCAAAAAAGAGGCAAAAGAGACAGUGGGAUUUAGUCUGGUAUAGCCACUGGUCUUCCUUGUUCUUUUGCUAAAAGGCAGAACAAGGGGCAACCAGGACCUUCUUGGGCCUCUGACAAGCAGUUUGAAAGCCACUGGCUUUUCAAAAAUGCUGAGUUAUUCUGUUACUGUGAAAAGCAAAGUGCAGUGCUUGGAUGAAAUACGCAGGUACUGGAUUGGUACUUUUUUCUUCAAGAAUAAUACAAUAAAUAGUACAAUGGUACAAGAAUAGUCCAGCAGGAAAGAACUAGCAUUGUGUGACAUGCAUGUGCACAUAUCCCCAUGUAUAUAAGCAUACACUUGUAAUUUGGACACAAGUAUAAGUUAUAGUCCAAACUUGGAAACAUUCACAUACGUAAUAUCUGGCAUGCGCUUGAAAAGCGGUUUAUUUUUAAUUAAAAAUAAACAGUACAUAAACUGAGGUUGACUUCUUCUGUAGUAAACAAAACAGGUUUACUUUCAGCUCAGUUGGUACUGGGUUUUGAAGGUUGAGCCCUUCUCGGGUCCUUGGUCAGUGCUCAACCUGACAUGGUACUAUAAAGAGCAAACAUAGAUCUGGUUACACACAUUUAUUAGAAAUAGCUUCAUAACUGAAAGAAGCGUGCUGAUUUACAGGCUUUGUCUGUAAGUAGUACAGCUCUGAGAAGCAGUGCAGUUGUGCAGUCAGCCUCUGCCCACAGGGUGGUUCAAACUUCAUGGAUCCUGGCCUUGUGUGACAGUGCAGCACACUCGAUCUACAACUCUCUUCCUUGGAGAAGCAGUUCAGACCACUCUACAUCCAUCCUGAUCUUGACCAUGCUGCCAUGUUUUGACAGCUGCAGAAAACUCUUUGCUUCCACUUCAGUGCUUUUUAAGGAUGACUGUGUUCUUGCUUUCUGGAGUUUUUCCCUUUGUAAAAAUUUUUGUGUCUGUUUCCUUGAAUGUGAAUUCAUGAAGUUUACUUUUGAAUGUUCUCUCCUACUUCACACUGUUUCAGGCCAAAGAUAAAAUGCACCAUGUUUCAGAAGAUUUGUUGUGCUAAGUCUGAAGAAUGUCUUUAGUCUUUAACUAUGUGUUUGCUGUCUCUUCCUUGCUCAGGGGUACCAGUUUAUAUAUGUAGUCCUCAGCCUGACUCCUGCAGCUUAGUGGCAGGCAUACCUCGUGAAAUUUCAACUCGUGAAAUUCCCAAAUACAUCUCAAGAUGUAGUUAUCCCUUUACAUGGAUGACUGCUUUUGGAGAAACAGUAGGAACACGAGGUUUGCCAAGUUCACUAGAUUCAAUUCCAAGACCAAUUCAAAGAUACUUUGAGAUAAUGUCAGUUGAUAGCAAAGAAUAGCACUGAAUUCUUUAUUGUAAAAUUUUAAGGUAAAAAAAAAAAGAAAAGCAAACAUCACUCUAGAAAUACCCCCAUUGAGACCAGCAGGUCAAAGGAUGGUAUAGGACUGUCCAGUCAUUCUGUUGUCUUUCAUUGCCAGACCAGAAAUCUUGCUUUGUAGGAAGGGACGCAAGUCCUUUCAUCCUUUCUUCCGUCUGUUCUGACAACUGCUCCUGAGACCUCCUAGACUUCCCUUUUUCACAGUGAAAGAAGAAUUUUCCUCCUCCUCUCUUCUUUCUUUGGUUUCUGUUUUUAAUCUGUCUCAUACAGCCUUGCACUGGGAGCUGGUACCAUGUCUGCAGUCCUGUGGCAGUGGAACAUUCUUUCCUUUUUAAAUCACUUUCAGGCUGGUCACAGCCUUUUAAUGGUCCAUCAGACUUCAGUCUCAUGGAGAAGCAGUUCACAUUUUGGAUUGCUGCUUUUGGGAUGUGAUCCUGCCCUCAGCCUUGAGACUCACAUACACCGGACUUAAAAGCUGCAAAAAAUAAUUAUCCUCCUGAACAAGGAUGUACAGGGGAGUCCAUAACUCCCCUGCAAUCUCCAUUAUGUAGUCUAGUGGUAAAGGAAAAUGUUUUAGAAUUCAGUCUGAGGUUGGUAAGUAUUUACAUUACUUGACAAAGAAUCAAGGUUCUGGUUUAGUUCCCUCUUCCCAAAAGUAAUACUUGUUCCAUUAUGGCUGUUGUCAGUGCUUCCUUUUCAUUAAUAUAUUUGAUAGAAAGAUUUUUCCAGCAGUAAUCCCCAAAGAGAUAAAUCUGACUGUAAAGAAAAGGGAGUCUCUUCUACUUGUCUCUUUACUGUUCUUUUUAAGUCUUUCACCAUAUCCCUAAAGAAGAUGUUAACAUCCAAAAUGAAGUAUUGGUUAUGUGGUGAUGUUUUCUGGGGAAGCUUCAACAGUCUAUUUCUUUGCUUCCUUUUUUUGGCACAACUGUACAAUAAGAUCUCACAUCAAAUUGCCACCGUAAGGCCAGGAGAAGCUGUAAUGUAUAUAUACAUUAUAUAUAACUAUAUAUAAUGUGUAUAUAUAUGUGUGUGUGUAUAUAUAUAUAACAGAACAUAACUGCACUAGUAAAAAGGUCUUUUUGAUUUCUCUCUAGGAACUGGUAGAAAAUAGGAAAUGCAGUUCAGACAUCUCUUCCAUGAAUCUGUGUCUCCCAUGAGCAUUGUUCUUACCACAUACCUAAACCAGUGCUAAUCCAAUAUGUAAACCAGUCAUCCUUUUCUACCAUAGUGUAGAAUAACUUUCUCAGCCACAGACAGAAGUAAAUUCUUUGCAGAUACAUGUAGCAUAGGCAUGUACCUAAUUACCACAGUUAGAUCAGUUAAGAGUGCCUUUUCUACAAAGCAGCUAGUACUUCCAUACUUUUUUCCAUACUGCAUGUGUUAAACUCAAAAGUACAAAGGGACAACCCCAACAUUUACUUGUUCCAAGUUGGAAACAUCUUUUUAAAGACACAUUUAAUGUACUGGACCUCAGUUAGCCCUACAACAGCAAUACUCACUCCCAAACAUCCAGUGAAAAGCCCAGUAAUGUAGCUAUGAUGACUAAGCUUUGCAAUAAGAAUUAUCUGUCUUCUUUUGAAGAAACUAGGUUUUACAAUAGUGAGCAUUCAGGGAGGUGGUGUUCAUGUGAACUGUGAACAAAUCGUUGCUUCAGUCUUUCUAUUAAUAUAAAUUGCAGACUUGCUUACAUGUAGCAGGAUCCAUGGAGUGAGGGACGAGUAGGUGUGGGGAUUCAUAUUCAUGACUAACUCAGAGUUGGGUUAUCCCCAUAGUUUCAACUGGCUGAUGACCAGCUGCCUUGUUCUCCAAGCCCUCAUCUAUCGUGCCUUCAAGGAAUCCAUCCUGCAGGGAUGCUUCUGGGCUGCAUGCUUCUCCAUGGCUCCCUGAACAGCUCCUGUCCGCUGUUUUGAACACAGUUCCGUAUACAUGGUGCUCUCUGUUCAACCGUUCAAUGGUGCUUUUAUAAGAUGCUGGAUAAAUGGUUUGCAUGUGCUUUCUGAAAGCUGAUGUGUAAAGCUGUGACACAGAGUGCUCUCUCCGGUAUUGUCUGCUUCCCAGAACUUAGCGUUAACUGUGCUACUCUUGGCUACAAAAGCUGACAGCGCUGCCUUGUCUCUUGCUCAUCUCACCAGAGCCAGAGUGGAGUCACCACGUGUGACAGGCCUGCCUAGGCUGGGACACAGGUGUUUAAAAGCAGCCAUUCAGGCCAGGCGACAUGACUCUCAUCUCUGCACUGUGGGACUGGAAACAUCAUAGCCCAGCUCAAGGACCUUUUUUCUGUCUCCUAUUGUGCAUAUACAUUUGUUUGCCAUGUGACUAAGAAAUCUGUUUCUGCAACAAACAUUUUAAUUUGGACCACACUCCCAUGAGGUACUUUUGCUCUUAGGUAAAUAACCAUUUAUUUCAGAUGAGUUUUAUUUUUUGAGGUUGGAGUACACCUGAAUAAGGCUCUUACAUGCCUCACAAGUAAUUUGGUGUGGUAGUCUGCUACAAAAUAGAAGAAUGCAGAAAGAUGCUUAGCCUGACAGAUGCUCUUUUGGUGAUGUGCUGAAGACUUUCAAGGGCAGGUCUCUUCCUGGGAGCAGGGAACAUAAUUAUUGUUAAUAUGAUUUCAUACCCUGAUGUUGUAGUUGAUUUGUAGCAUCUCUUCUGGGAUGGUGGUGGCUAAAGUCAUUGCCAGAGCAGAUCUCAGCCUCAGAAAAGAAAACAUAUAUAUAUAUAUAUAUAUAUAUAUAUAUAAUAUAUACCCCUUGCUGGCAAGCAACAUGUGUUUAGGAUUAUGUUGAAGAUGAAUGCUGCAAAUGGAACGUCACAUUAAAAUACAGGGUUCUCUUUCUUCAAGGAGAGAGAAUCCCUUAGGUUGGUCAGUGUAAAAUAUCCCAGGCUUACAAAAUGUGUUAAACAAAUUAAUUGCCUAUGUGGUGAUUUUCCAGGAGUGCAUUAGGAUAUGACAUACAGUAGUCACUGCUCUUUUCUCCUGAAGAGCAGAAAGAUGGUAACUUAUUUGUAAUACAAGGUUCCCAUUGAUUAACUGAUAAAACUUAAUUCAUAUAUAAUCCAAAGGUCAGCAAGAGUGUCUACACAAUGUAGAUAUAUUUUAGCUCCAGCACCUCAAUUUCCAUAGAAAUGCAGAGAUGAUCUUUGUUUGUUAUUACAUACCCAUUGGUCUGUGCCCAGUCUAUGGGUAACAUAAAUCUUACAGUUCUGUUUUCACAAGCUGCGAGGUUUUGUUUCUGGAGGCCUUCAGUUUUAAACUGGCCAGAAGGACAGUCACUACAAAUAUGAUAGCAAAGUGCCUAAAAAUAUGGAUGUUUCUGUAAAGGUAAAGAUGCUCACUGUUAUUGCACAGCCACUUGACUACUGUAUGUGGUGCUCUCUUGCUAUACACACUCCUAAAUACUAGCUUUCAUUUCUGGUGUUCAUUUUUUGUUAUAAUAGCACAGUCUGAGAAGGGUUUGUCUCUGCAGAUUCAUUGGUUAAUUUUAACUAGCAUGUGUUUGUACAGAAAAUACAAAAUGAUUUUUUUUCAUUUAGAAAGCAGCUAUGUUAUUUCUUACAGUUUAUGAUAAUGCAACAAUCGGCUUAGAUUAUUUAUAAGGUGUGUAAGUAUCACUUGCCUUCAAAAUGCUUGAGAUUUCAGAAUGCCUCCUGUUCACUACAAGACAAUAUAACCAACUCUUGUCCUUUCGAUCUUGUUAUACUGGGGAGGGGGCUUAAACCUUACAAAUCUUAUUACUAAAAAAAAAACCUCACUGAUGGAUGUGAAGUGCUGAUGUUUUCAAUUCCUAACAUCUAAAAACAGAACAAUUUUAACUCAUAUUUUAACUUUCAGCAUAGGUGGGAUUUAGACUACUCUCUUAUUUAUGGAACUGCUCUUUCCCCCCUAUGUUCAGCUGUCACUAUCUGAGUAUCUCUUUUGUCCUUAGUGAAAUAUGACAGUUGUACAGAGGGGACAGAAACUGCAUGACAUUAACACUUCUGACUGGGACCUUUUCAAUGGGCCUGUGAGACUCAGGAGCAUGGACUUCAGUCAGAUGUUUUAAGGUAAUCACAUCCUGUCUGGAGGACAUCUGUGGAUGUCUUCACUUUUUUUCAAGGCAAGAAAUUCUGUAGCUUGCAAGCACUUACAUGACAUUCAGAGAUACAUCUAGGAUGUGAAGUGUCAUAUGUAUUUUUAUAUGUAUUAUUAAAGAGACAUCUAAGAGCACAAGAACCUGCUUUCUCACUUGUCUGAAGAUACUGGAAUUUGCUCACUGUAUCUGAGAAAGGUCACAUAACCAGUCUCCUCAGAACGUCCUACCAGCAGACAGGUCUUUGAAAUGAGCCACUGUGGUGGCUCCUGAGUUUAUGCACGUACCACCUUGAUGAUUCCCAGCAGGGCCUAUCUCAUCUCAUCUCUGUGGCAAUGACUACUUAGGAAUGGCCCUUUGCUUCACAGUCCCAACCCCUUAAACUUAAGGAAGGGCAUGUGAGCUGCUUCUCCUCAGUCUGACUGGUCUUUCUAGAUGGAAGUGUGCUGAGCCCACCUUCAGACCCACAAAAAAGCAUCCACUGUCAGGGUAAGACAGGCACAGCCUGCUGCAGCAGCUAGGAAGAAAGAGGUAAAGUAACAAUAGCUAAGUUUCAUUUGCACUUCCCCCAUCUCACAGACAACGCGUUUCAAAAUAUUUUUAAAGCAGAAAAGGUUACAGUAAAGGGAUGAGUUGCACAGGAGAUGGACAACACUGUUUAAUUCUUCUCAGUAUUCCCUAUAUACAGAGAGGUGGGAGCAAGUCAGCACCACCCAAACAUGAUGCAGUUGGAUUAUCUUUUAUCAAGCCUCUGUAUCAACAGAACUGAAAUGAAUAAAUUCUAAAUACAUUUUUUGUUCUAUUAGAAGCCCAACACACACAAAUGUAAAUGCACUAAAGUAAGUACCAUAUGUAGAUCUUGAUUUGCAUCAUAUGGGGUUUUUAGCAAAAAACAAAUCCAAAACCCAAAUGAACAAAAAAACAGCUCUAACUGGAUUACUUUAUUUAAAUAGAAUUCUUUGCAUGAGCCAAGGCUGCAGGAUUGGGCCCUAAGAGUUUAGAUGUUUGGUUUAGUGAUAGGUACUUUUGUUUGUAUUUUCAGUGAAUUGUCUUUUCUUUUAUAUCAGUGAAUUGACAUGACUUCCACAAGAACAACAAAAAUAGUCAGUUACAUGGAUAAUUACGUCUAAUAGCUAAUUAUUAAAAUCAUGCCUCAAUAAGAGUCACUUAAAAUUGGGUGCUAUAUGAGCUUCAGCAUACAAUUGCUUUACAUAUGGAACACUGCAUACCAAGAAGAUAGUGGGUAAGAAUUUGUAAAUACAGACAGUUGUUUUAUCCAUUGUUUUAUAAUGGAAAAAAUAUGUGUUACUGGAAUAUCUCUGAGCAAAAUUCUCUUACAUAGUGUUCUAGCUACAAAAAAUGUUUUCUUUUGAAACAACUAUUUGAGUCUCUGAUCACUGACACAGAACUGCAAAACAUCCUCAAAACAGUAUGAGCUUGUGAAAAGAGAGGUUUAGAACUGUGCUGGCUAUCUUAGAGAGGAUAUAGUUGAACAUACUGAGAAGCUCAGCUCUGUAGGCAGUGAGAGCAGCUCAGUGAUUCAGUGACUGUGCCAUAUACACCUGGAGUCAAAGCAUGCCGACUUCUGAGAUGGCAUCUACUAGGGCUUGUUUGCUACAUGAAGGGUUAUUUGGCUUGCUACCUGUUUGAAAUCAAAAUACUUUCAUUAACACCACUGCAAACACUCAAAUACUGUUGUUUUGCAGAAUGUAUGUUCCAUAAAUUGUAGUUUAACUGUAAUUGCAGGGUUUAUCCCACUGUUAGAGCAGUUCAGAUCCAACACUGAAUUGCAUUUUGUAAAUUAACAAAUGCCACUAAAUUCCUCUCAAUAUUUUGUAAUAGUAUACACAAAUUGAUAUCAUUUAGUCAUACCUUUGUUCCUAGAAUCUUCAUCAGAUAUUUCUAUAGCCAAUUCAGCUUUUGGCUGCUGAAAGCACAGUAGGCAAUUAUGGUAAAUGUAGACAAGUUUUAUGUAAAUAUUUCUGGGGGAAAAAGGCUACAUGAACAUAUGAAGCAGUUAUCUAAAAGUAAGAACAUAAGUCAAUAAUAAAAAAUGCAGGUUUUAUUUAUGUACAGUAGUAUCCUAGUAUUUACUUGUUUAUAUGCAGAAAAAAAUCAUAUGAUUCUGUACUGUAUUACCUGAAAGCAUUUAAAAGAAACUCUGCCAUUUUCUCUGGUUAUUAUAUUUGCAAAUAACUCUUGAAUUUAUUGGAAAUCCGUGUAAAUUAUGUCAAAUGGGAAACAUGUUACAUUACAAUGAAAUUAUUUUAAUUCAAAAAUCCUGGCAAAAUUCACUGGACUAAAAUCUAUAUAUAAAUUCAAUAGCCAGACAGAAUAAACCGCAAUAAAUAA